AUGCAUAAUAAAGUUUUACCUGUUUUUUCAUUAGAAAUACUGACAGACGAUCUUGUUACUUUAGCAUCAAAAAAGUUGUUUAACAAAUUGCAUGACUUUAUUAGCCCUUAUGUUAAAAAACGAUUAAAUUCUGUUCCCGUUAAAAGAACUGUGAGUGGAAAACUAAAAAAAGUUGGACGUGCAAAAAAAUUAUGUUCACAAGAUGAGUUUCUGCUGACUUUAAUGAAACUUCGAUUAGGAUUAUUUAACAAAGAUCUUGCUAGUCGUUUUAAUAUUUCUAUUAGCACAUGUUCCAAAAUAUUUCAUUCUUGGAUAAGAACAUUGGCAGAGGUUUGUAAGCAUCUAAUAUUUGUACCAGACCUUGGCACAUUAAAUGCAACAAGCCCUUUACGAUUUAAAAAAUAUAACAAUUUGCCAGCUAUUAUUGACUGUUCAGAAGUUUUCAUACAAACCCCAAGAAACUUGGAAUUGCAAAGUGUUACUUGGUCUGAGUAUAAACACCACAAUACUUUAAAGUUUUUAAUAGGUGUUGCUCCUAAUUUUUUUAUUGUUUAUAUAUAUGAAGCUUAUACUGGUUGCAUAUCAGGCAAAGCAUUAACUAUGGAUUGUGGUUUUCUUGAUUUAUUAUCUCUUUUUUCUAUAGUUAUGGCAGACAAAGGGUUUAAUUUGCAUGAUGAAUGCACUGCUCGACAUUUAUUUUUUACUGUACCACAUGGUCGGCGAGGAACAUCACAAAUGACACUAUUUGAAGUUAAGAAAACAAGUUCAACUGCUAAAAUUAGAAUUCCUGUUGAACAAAUUAUUGGAAGAUUAAAAACAUUUCGUCUUAUAAGUAAUGAAUUGCCACUGACUUUACUUCCACAUGCAAAUGAUAUUUUGAUAGUUUGUGCAGCAAUCACAAAUAUGUCCAACCCUUUGUACAAAGACUGA